GCACACAGAAUUUGUCACAUUUGUAAAUUGUUAUGAGCGCUUGUAUCAUAACAGCUACUUCCCUAUUAUCUUAUCAGUUAAUACCGGUUUAGUAAUGUCGCACCAGACGUAUGGUUCGCAAUUUUAAUAGUACCAAAAAAAUGGCAGAGAAGAGGCAGAGAGUUUUGUCAAUUCAGAGUCAUGUAGUUUCAGGAUAUGUUGGUAAUAAAAGUGCAACAUUUCCACUACAGGUAUUGGGGUUUGAAGUUGAUACAAUAAACUCCGUCCAGUUCUCCAAUCACACUGGUUACGGGUACUGGAAGGGUCAGGUUCUGAAUGAGAAAGAACUGGAAGGCCUUAUGGAUGGAUUACGUCACAACGGAUUGGACUAUUACACACAUCUACUAACAGGCUACAUAGGAUCAACAGGCUUCCUGAAAUAUAUUGUGCAAGUGGUAAAACAGCUGCGCCAGGUCAAUCCAGAUCUUGUGUAUGUGUGUGAUCCUGUAAUGGGAGACAAUGGCAAGAUGUAUGUGCCAAAGGAACUGCUGGAAAUAUACAAGGACACUAUUCUGCCUCUGGCAGAUAUCAUUACACCUAAUCAGUUUGAAGCUGAAUUGUUAUCUGGGAAGGAGAUUAAAUCAGCUGAUGACGCAUGGGCAGCUGUCGAACAUUUCCACAAGAAAGGUUGUCGUACUAUAGUGCUUUCAUCUACAGACUUGGGUGAUGAUCAAAAUCUUCUGGCAUUGGCAAGCAGCAGAAGUGGUGACAAGAGGACAGAACUCACCAUCCGUAUUCCGAAGCUACCGGGUACAUUCACCGGAACGGGCGAUCUGUUUGCCGCCUUGUUGCUUGCGUGGAUGUGGCAUACCAACAACCAACUGAAACUAUCACUUGAAAAAGUGAUAGCCACCCUUCAAACCGUUCUCGAAAGAACUCUCCAUUACGCCAAAGAAAGAAGUGAAUCUGGUGACCCUGGUUUUGCGCUUAUGGAACUGCAACUCAUCCAGAGUAAGGCUGACAUUGAGAACCCACAGACUGUCAUAGAAGCAAAAGUGUGCUAAAAGCUUUAAUGGUUGACAGCGAACCUACAUCUACAGGCCAACCGAGCUUGCAAUGAAGGUUUGCUCACACCAACUGGAGUCUUCCAACAUAUUAAUCAGAUCAUUCCAUCAUGUUAAAAUAUUAGUACGGACCAAAUAAUAGGACUUAUGUAAUAUCACAUAUAUUAAUAGAUGUAACACUGAAUGUUCUGUUUGGGGAAAUUAUUAUACUACUGGGUGUCACGGAUAUGAAUUGGGGACGAGGGUUAGAGAUGCAUGCGGAACUGUAGAAAUAUACAGAGAAGUCCACUUAUUGAUGGCCACAGACAUGCUAAAAAUCAAAUAGCGUACGAGCCAAUGCGUUUUGAGAAUGCCCUAAAAGCAUGGCCGUCUAAAUGUGGCAUGACAAAGGGGAGUGAAUCUGUUCACUGCAUAUAACACUGACAACGAAAUCACACAAGACAAAAGAAAGGUUGAAGUUAAAUUUCUAAAACAAGCUGUCGUAUACUACAAAAAAUAAAUGACUGACAAAAUGGUAACAGGUCAUUUCACAGCAAAAUAAAAAUAACUAAUAAACUAAA